CGUGGAUCCCCGCGGCAGCUCCCGCAUGUCAUGACAGCUGAUCUCCAAACCGCCAGCGCCUCCAUCCUCUGUCAGGGAGGAGGACGGAGGCCAGCCCGUCUCCUGCUGCAAAUGGCGGCUGCAGAGACGUGUGCGGAGGUGCGGCGCGAGCGCGGAGCUUCCAUCACGCUCCCGCUGGUCCGCGCGGAGCGUGAGCUCUGCGGCCCAUCACUCCAGCGCUGGAGACAAUAGACAGUGAAAUAUACGGGGAGAGGGGAGGAGGGAGGAGGCGCUCCUGGCUGCUGUGACUCCCCCUCCUCCUCUCACUCCUUCUCCUCCCCAUUCCUCCGAGUCCACAGGCUCGUCAGGCAGAGAAAUAAACAGAAUCGCGCGCUGAGAAGAGAGGACAUUCCUCCCUCCCCUCCCCCCCACGUAUCUGUCCAUCCUCAUCAGCCCUUUCUUUCAUGGAGAGGAAUUUUCCCGCGUCAGGCUUCGGGGAGCUCGGGGCUGGAGCGGGAUGGACGUACGACAGAAAACCCAGCCUCAUGUAUGGGAGCUCCAGGUCAUCCCACCCGGAUUCAGAACUCCUCCACAGGCAAGCCUAUGCCCCCCCUCACCCGCUUCAAGGCUAUUCAACCAACCAUCAUCCAGGAAGGCAAGGCGGAGCAUGGGGCACUGCUGGUCGCACGAUCGGUCUGUCCGGCCUGUUUGAUGCCAGCCUCCAUCAUGCUGGUCCCUCAGCCCCUGACCCCUCUGUCAUGAACCUGAUUUCCGCUCUGGACUCCCGUGGUCCACAGUCUGCACCCCCCACUUCCUCCCUCCUCUCUCAGUUUCGUAAUCCUUCUUGGCAAACCGGCAUGCACACGCCGGCCCCAGCAGACCUCUUCAUUGCUGGAACACUCCCAGGUUCCAGUUCCUUCCCCUCCUCCUCAGCCCUUUCAGCGUACCAACCUCCCGGCUCCUUCUCUGGGCGAUCUUUCACUCCCUCGCUUUCCUUACAGGAUGCUCCUACAUACAGCCCAUCCUCCAGCAGUUUGCUUUCUCCCCAUGAUUCUUUGCUCCACAUAAAAACUCCGUCCCAGUCCAGUUUGGCCUUUGAACGCUUGUUGCCGUCUCAGAGUGCUGCAUACAGGGGUUCCCAUGAGCCUUCAGUUCCUCCUCAUGCCCAAACUCCUUCCUCCUCCUCCAGCUGUCACCUCCCAUCCCCCAAAUUCAACCUGUUAUCCCCUCACCUCCACAAUCGCUCCUCUCAGCUCUACAAUACUUCCAUGUUUGCUUCUUCUCCGGGCCUCCCCUCUGCACCUUCCUCCCAGCCCCAAACUCCUCCAGAGAUGGUGAUUUCUCGGCAUGACAGUGUGAUCAAGCAUUAUCAGCGCUCAUCACCUGCCCAGUCCUCAGCCCUGCAGCAAUAUGCCAGUUAUGGUGGAUCAUCAGAAUACCAGCAGGCUGUCAGCCACCACAGGCACGCCGGGGUGUCCUGCAGUCCUUUAGGGGAACAGAGCCCUUCUACUGACUCCAAAUCCUCACCACAGAUGGAAACCCAAACCUACUCCCCAAUCAUGCCAACUCCCUACUCAUCUUUGUCCUCUGGUCAUUCUGCUUCCUCUUUAUCUGUGACAAAGGGAAACAAAUCUUCAAGCUCCACCAGUGGCUACUCCUCCUCUGGCUCAACAUCAUCCUCUUCCCAAAACCCCCACACCCCACCAUCAGCGUCCUCCACCUCUUCUUCAUGCUCCUCUAGUUCUAAAACAAGCGCCAGCUCCUUUUCUGUUCAGUCUUGUCAGCAGCUCCCCUCUCAAUCCGCUCCAGCACCACCCCCCCAAUCUGGGGUGUCAUCUACACUUAUGCAACAGACAGCUGCCAAACAGUGUUUGUCCAGCCACGCCUCUCAAUCUGUGGCCAAACCAGGUGUAGGCCUGUCAGACAGCACACCUGCCCAACACCAUUCACAACCCUACUCCCCCAAUCAGCCCCCGCCUACACAUAUGAGCCAACCCUACAGAGACUUCAGCUCACCUCAUUCCCAAGACAUGGGCACCACAACUGGGGCUUCAGGGGGAAAGGUGUUCACUGGGGUACCCCCAGGAGGACGUUCUUUCUCUGCUGAAAUCAUCUAUGAGGACUCCAGUUUUGGCUCAGCUUCUCUCAAGAGAUCAAGCAGUCCGUCUUUAGGUUAUGGGAGUGAAUCAGCAGGUAGUGGACAUGCAUCAAGUGUUGCUACACACAGCAGUGGAGUUGGAUCAGCAGGAUCAGGGAGUGGAGCUGCUAGUAUUGGCAAUGAAAGCAGCAGCUCAUACCAUCCACCUGAUUGUAGUACCUCACCAUCUGUUACUUCUGCCCUCACCCACCCUGCAUUGCCUUCCCCUGCUGCUACUGAAUGUCUUUCACAGUCCCCUGGGGCCGCUGGGUCUGCAAAAUACAUGCCCUCUAUCCUGUCAUCUGCUUUCAUAUCCUCACCACAAGGCUUUCAAAAUCCAAGCCAAACUUACCACUCAACUCCGACAAAGUCCAAGACAGAGACCAACUUGCUGACAAUUGAUCGGUCCAGAGACGAGGAAGAGAACAGUGAUUUCCUAAUCCACCACCUGCUUAAUACUCAGAGCUCAACCUCCCAUCUCUCCCAGCAUCUCUCACGUCCACAGCAGCUGCCCCAAUCUCUCAGUCAGAGCAGGUUUGGGGAGGGCAAUGAGAUGACUUAUGACCUUGAAAAGGCUUCAGACGAGCACUACCACUCUCAGAGCGUCAUUCGCACUGGGAAUGCCACCAGCAGUUCAGGACCUGAAACAGCAACUUGUGACACAGGAAGCGUCUCAAACAGACACUUAGAAGCAUCUCAGAUGAAACAGCAGACGAAGAUAGGGCUGGCCAUAGCAAACAGCACUGCAGGGGGGUUGCGAGGGGCUGAAUCUGUAUCACACUCCCAAAACCAUCAACAGAAUGAGUUGGGUUCUGUUGUCCACUAUGGAAGGGGGGAUCUCUAUCCACAACACUCCCAACACUCUCAUCACACGUCACACAUUUCCUCCCAUUCUCAGCAACAUACUCAACACUCCCAACAAGUAUCCCAGCACUCUCAGCAUUCCCAACAAAGUCUUUCAGGUUCCCACUCUCACAGCAACUCUCACAUGGAGCUUAACAAGCCUUCAAAUGCAAAUGACAAUAGCUAUCUGUGUAACACACCUAGUAUUCAACAGGCUCAACAAAAUCAAGCCCCCCAUUCUCUGAUGGAUUCAUCCCCAAAUCCUCCUCACCCGACUCACAGCUCACUGAUCUCCCAUAACACCCACAGCAAGAUGGAGUCCCAGCAAUCUAUUUCAAAGCAACCACAUCAGCAGCAUUCUUUGAAUCAGUCAGGUAUGGUUGUGGGUUCAGCUGGAGGAGUGGGGCCACUGGGGUUAGAAUCCCAGUCUCAAAGCCAGUCCUCACAACUGCAACUCCACCUUCAGAACCAGAAUGUUGACGCCUGCUUCAGCCUUGCUGGCCAGGCAAGGAACCCAACUCAAACCAAUCAAAGCUCAAUGUCAUCUCUGGACAUGUUGGAUCAGUCUCUCUCUUGUGCCAACAGCAUGGAAAGUGGAGGACCUCUGGACACAGCUGGGACGGGGGUGACUAUUCCUUUAAGGAAAGAAGAUGGUGGAGAGAGGCCAAGACAGCAGCACAAACUUACACCACACCAUCAUUCGCAACAAAAAGGGGCAGAUAUUCACGACUUUCUUGCAGAACCAGAUAUGGGUCUGUCCCCACCGUCACACCUUCACUGCCUCAACCAGCCUUCAGUCCAUGCACAGUCACAUGGCCCCCAUGAUCAGCAAGCCCUCACUCACCAUCAGAUGCCACAUGCUCAAAUGACUCACCAUCACUCCCACCAAAUAGCAGCAAACAUGGGGACCCCCCAACAAACCCAGCAAUCACAACCAAUAGACCAUGAAACCCAGCUGUCACACUCCCAGGUAGACCAACUCAAACAGCACCAGUUUGACCCAAUGACCGUGGCAGAUAAAGUAGGGCCACAUCAAACCCAGCAGCAGCGGUAUCCACCACUGACAUCCAUCUGCUUUCCAGACUCUCUACUGCAGGAUGAAGGACGUUCUUUUUUCCCUGAGAUGGAGGACAUCUUCUGCUCAUCAGAAUUUAAGUCAAGCUGUGUUGGGGACUGUAGGGCAGGGCAGAUGGGUCGGGAUAGCCUGAGUCAAGGACGUCAAUGCGUAAAGUCAGGAGGAACUGGAGAAGAUUAUGGCGUGGUUGGUUCUCGAUCUGAUCAAACUUAUGGACAGUACUGCCACAACAUGCUGGGAACAGGUGGAGGCAAUCUGCACUUAGACCUUGACUCUCUGAAAACUCAUGAGCUUCCAUCCACAGUGAACACUGAACAGCUCGGUCUAAUCCAGUCCCAAACUCCCAACAUUGGAUUAGGUCCAGGAGCUCCAGGGGAGAGCUCUGUCAGCAAAAUGAUGGGAGCUGUUGGUGGCAGUUCCAACACAAGUGGUCUGACAUCUCCUAUUUUCUGUUCUACACGACCCAAAAAACUGCUGAAGACCAGCUCCUUCCACUUGCUCAAACAGCGACGUGAGCCUCAACCCCAGACAAAGAAAAACUACGCCCAAGAGUAUGAGUUUGAGGAUGAUGAAGAUAAAGCUGAUGUUCCAGCAGACAUCAGACUCAACACUCGACGCCUCCCUGACUUGUUACCUGACUUGGUGUCGAGUUGCAGGAGGGGUGGUGGUGCAUCGGGGGUCAGUGGGCUCAACCCAGUAAUGGGUGACAUGGACUUUUGCCGUGCUUCCAGUUACUCUUCUCUUGAAAACCCUCCACAACUCCUCCCACAUGAUGGCCCUAAGAAAAGAGGCAGAAAACCAACAAAACCAAAACGGGAAGGCCCUCCUCGCCCUCGAGGUAGGCCACGCAUACGCCCCCUUCCAGAGCCCCCAUACUGCAGAGGUUUGAUGGGGUCAGUGGCUGGAGAAACGCGAAGGGGCCGUGGACGGGGUCGAGGGCGUGGCAGACGAGAUGAAGGCCUGGUUGAGACCCAUCGAGAUGUUAACAAAGCACAAAGCCUUGCAUAUCAUCAUCAGCAGCAACAGUAUAACUCACAGGUGAAUCUCCAACAUCCACAACCUUACAGUCAACACGUAGACCGUCAAGCUGCGCACCAGCAACCGCAGCACCACCUAUACCAACAGUCGCAGGGUUCCUGCUCUCACCACCAGCUUCACCCUCAGCAGCAUUAUCAACAACAGCAGCCAGCGCCCCAGGAUCAAAAUAUAGUCGCACCUAUCAAGAUCAAGCUGCCUUUCACCACCUUACCCCCAUCAGAAUCCCUUCUGAGGACAGACUCUCUGUCCAGCAGUGAGCCCGUUCUGUCUGAUGGCUCGCUGGGCUCAGCUCCGUCUCUGGGCUUGAGUCCUGGACCCAGCAGCACCAUGGAAAUCAGCAGGAGCGACCUGGACCAGACUCAGAGCGAACAGCAGCAAAGAGUGGGAGAGGUCAUGAUGGAGGAAUGGAAGAAAGAAGCCGACGACCCUCUGAAUGCAGACGACUGGGCUGCUGUACACAAACUGGCCACUUCUGCAGAUGACUUUAAACCCGCCUUCAUGGCCUCUUUUCUGGACUUCCUGAAGGCGGGAAAAAAACCAGAGAUUCCAGCAGACCACGAUGGAUGUCUGCAGGAAAAUCUAGACACCUGCUCCUCUUUGAAAGGAGGUAUGAGGCCCCUGUCCUCAUCUCCUCCUUCUUCGCUACCAUCGACUCCUCCACAACAGCCCACCGGGACGUUCAGUGAUGAAGGGCAGGGCGAGGGGGAGGAGCUGGCCCUCAGUGGCUGCCCAAGCCCCUGCAAGCCUCUUGAUGAAGAGCUUAAAGGGAAUCUGGAGGCGCUUCCAUCCUUCUCUUCUGAUGAGGAAGACUCGGUCAGCAAGAACCAGGACCUGCAGAAGAGCAUCUCCUCCGCCAUCUCCGCCCUCUACGACACUCCCCACUCGCUGGCUGCUGCCAUGGCGUCAGCCAUGAUCAAGGCCCAGCCUCCCCUCGCCCCCGCCACACCACAGGAGCCUUCCCUCAGCCCUCCUCUCCCUGCCAGGCCUCCCAUCCCAGAUCUGGAAAAGACUAAAGAGGAGAUGCUCCCUUGCACACCGCCUCAUGUUAAGGAAGAUGAAGAGGAGAAGCUGAUUUCUCCGUGUUCAAACAGAGCAGAAACCAAAGAGGGAAAAUCUCAGCACAACGAUGAGGAAAAGACAACAGGAAGUCAGGAGGAAGUGAUACAAGCGAUGCAGAACCUGCCGGAGGAAGAAGCAAGAGAGGAAGCGCACGAGGAGGCACCUGGGAUACAGAGUUCAGAGACGCCCGAAGCUGAAGACUCCCCGUCUGCUCCUGCUGCUCCUCCAUGCUCGCCUCCUCCUGCCUCCCCCUCAUGCUGUAAACGGUCCUCACCUCUGCCCCUCUCCCCCCUGAGUUUCUCUGUGACCUCCUCUCCUCCCACCAAGCAGGAGGAGGAGGUAACUCCUGUGUUCUCCUCCUCCUCUCAACCAUCUUUGUACCAUCCAGUCCCAAACGCAGGAGCCUCCCCACCCCCUUCCACCUCCCCCCCAGCCACCCUCUCAUCGCCGCUCUCCAACCUCCCACUGAGCCUGCCGAUCCCCCCUCCAUCCACCACGCCUCCGCCUUCGUCCUCCGACCAGGAUCAGGACCCCGAAGCAGGGCAGCCAUCCCCCUCCUCACCCUCCUCCUCUUCAUCAUCCUCUCAGCCCCCGUCCCCCCCAACACCAGAGGAGGCCCCGGCCUCCCAGCGCCUCACCUCCCUCCACCUGGCAAAGAAGCAGGCCGACGCUGCCAUCGCUGGGGAGAGCGAGGAGGAGGACAGCGAGAGCGGGGGGGAGGGCAUCUUCCGGGAGCGGGACGAGUUCGUGGUUCGGACGGAGGACAUCGGAACUCUGAAGAUGGCUCUGCAGACCGGCCGGGAGCCCCCACCCAUCUGGAGGGUGCAGAAGGCUCUACUGCAGAAGUUCAGCCCUGAGAUCAAAGACGGUCAAAGGCAGUUCUGUGCAACCAGCAACUACCUGGGUUACUUUGGAGAUGCUAAAAUGCGUUACCAGCGUCUCUACGUGAAGUUCUUGGAGAACGUGAACAAGAAGGAUUACGUCCGGGUUUGUUCCCGGAAGCCGUGGCAUCGGGCCGGCCUGACGCUCAGGCGCCAGACACUCGCCAAACAGCUGCCCAGCAUCCACGCCCAAAGCCAGCAACGCAUGGAGAGGCAGAAGGAGGUGAAGGAGCAGAGAGACAGAGAAAAACUACAGAAAGAGCACAGGGAGAAGAUGGAGCAAAGGGAGAAAGAGAGGAAAGAGAGAGAACAACUAGAAAAGAUGACAAAAGAAAAAGAGGAAAGGAAACAAAGAGAGAGGGAAAAGGAGGCAGAGGAAGCCGAGAAGAAGGAGAAGGAGCAGAGAGAACAAGAACACAGAGAGGUGGACAGACGGGAGGAGGAUAAAGGACAAAGAGAAAGGGAAGUGAAUGAAAGCAGAAACGGGGAACAGAGAGAAAGAGAACAGGAAAGAGAAAGAAAAGAAAAGGAGGUGGAACAGAGGGAGACAGAGCAGACAGAAAGAGAGAAACAACAAAGAGAACAGAAGGAAAGGGAACAACAAGAAAAGGAGAGAAGAGGUCAAGGAGAAAAGGAGAAGCAGAAGGACAGAGAGCCGAUGGAGGAGGAGGAGAAAAAGAGUGAGCAGAGGAGAGACAUGGAGAGAGAAAACAGAGAACGAAGGGAUGGAGCUGUGGACCUGACGUGGCCAAAAGAAGAGAAGAGGGAAGAAAAAAGAGUGGAGUGUCAAUCCAGAAGCAGGAUACCCAGAGACAAGGCUGAGCCCCCUCCAAAGAAGAGGAAGAAAUGGCUGAAGGAGGUGCCGUCCUCCUCCUCAGACUCAGACUCCUCAAUACCCAGCGAUGAUGAGGACAGCUGUUGCUCCUCCUCCGUUGAUCUGAAGUUGUCGCGUGUUUCAGGGCCUCUGCGCGCCUUGGUGAACAGCCGCGCUAUGAGGGAGAUGUUCAGGAGCUAUGUGGAGAUGCUGGUCAGCACGGCCCUGGACCCCGACAUGAUCCAGGCUCUGGAGGACACUGAUGAUGAGUUAUACCUCCCACCGAUGCGGAAAAUUGACAGCCUGCUGAGCGAACAGAAGAAGAGGCUGCUGGGAAGAGUCAACAUGAGCGCUCAGCACCAGGAGGCCUUACACCUGUUUCCCAAAAUGACGGCAGACCCUCUGGAGUCCGGAGCCGUCAGGGUUCACCUGGGCGGGGAGGGCUACAACCGCAAGACUUUAAAUCGGGUCAAGAAGAGUAUUUCCAAGCAGCAGGACAUGAAGCUUUCAAUAGAGACGUGUCGCAUUUACAGCCUCUACCAUUCUCUUCAUCACUACAAGUAUCACACUUUCCUGCAUUGUAAGAAAGAGACGGACAGCAUCGAGCAGGCCGCUGAGGACCCGGGCCAGGAGGAGGUGGUGCAGCAGUGCAUGGCCAACCAGAGCUGGCUGGAGAGCCUCUUCAACUCCUUCGUGGAGCUGCUCAGCCUCAGCUGCAAAGCCUGAAGGACAGCAGCUUCCACACCCGCAGCACUUAGAGGGUGAAGAAACGGCGGUCGUGACGCAGACGAGGAUGUCUGUGAAUGUGAUGGAUUUACCUCCAAACAAGUCUUUGUUUUAUUACAGAAUACAAAAAAGAUUUUUGCUAAGAUGUUAGCAAAGCUGAUCCCAGAAGUGAUCUGUCUAUAAAGAUGUAUUGAUGCCUAUGGUUUGUAUGAUUUAUACAAGGUUGUUUUUAAACCCCCACCCUGAAGUGGGCUUGUUUUUUUGUUUGUUUGUUUGUUUUAGAGGGGUGUACAUAAAAUGGCCCGUCUUCUGUUAGAAGAGUGGCAGACGAAGACUAUGUGAUUGAUGAAGCAGCCAAAAAAACGGUCAAUGCAUAACAAAAGAAAGACAUGAGAGGGUUAAAUGCUGAAGGUGAGAACGGUGAAAAACGGAACAGAGGAGUUUCUUAAAGAAUCAUGCUGUUCGUGUCCGUGUUCAGUGUCAGUCAUUUUCUCUGUUUGUUGUUGGUUGACAUUCGCUCCUGUUUGACCUCUCAGAGAAUUUUUUUGCAAAGCGAUUUUCUUGGUUUCAUGUGUACAUACUGUACAGCGACGUCAUUCUCUAGAUCACAUUUGCUUUUCUGUAAAUGAAAUUCCUGUAUUUGACAUAAGAAAUAAAACUCUUCAAAUGAAAAUAAGGAUCAAUAAGCAGCAAAAUGAA